GGCAGAAAAAGGAAAGUAUGGAUCAGAGCAGCGGCGGCGGAGGCUGGACCCACAAGACCCGGGAAUUAUAGACCGAUUCCAGGCUAAAAUAUCCCCUCGUAGAGACAUGAACCCUGCUUCUUAGUCAGCGGUAAACCUGUGUGUUAUCCUGUGUGUGUUCAGGGUUGUGUUUCCACUCUGUUAGCGGACUGGUGCUCGCGUGUUUCUGAUCGAUUGGGUCAUCAGUAUCUACCUCCAUGGCUCUGAUAGCGACUGACCGCGGCUGCAAACUCAACGGGACGUCGGUGAUCUACGGCAGAGUUGGGCCGAGAAAAGAAGUUCUCCAGGGGAAGAGUGAGAGCUUUAAAAGUGGCCAAAUGCAGCCGAAGGAGACGGAGUAUUCAACAGAUGGUCUCCCCAAAGCCUUCCUCCACAGCCUGAGGACCCUCUUUGACAUCUUGGAUGACGGGGGACGAGGCUACGUCCACAUCUCGGAGAUUGAGAGUCGCUGGCAGGGCGCGGACACCCGGGCGCUGCCCGGCGGGGUGCUGGGCUGCCUGAGGAGGGUCACCCCGCCGCAUGGAUGCCUCACCUUCGAGCGGUUCGUCGCGGGGCUGCGGUACUCCAUGCUCAACCCGGAGAACAGCUCCCACAUCAAGGCCCAGGCGGCCGUGCACCCGCAAAAGCAACCGCAGAAACCCGCGCCGCUGUCCGCGUGUGGCGUCGGGACCCGGGCGGAGAACAAGGUGCGACCGCUGGGGCCGAGCAACGCGUCCAACAUGCAGCAGCAGCCGCAGCAGAUGCACCGGGCGACCUCGCUCCAGAGCCGGGUCAGGUCGGAGGAGGGGGCCGGGUACCCCGCGUGUGGUCCGCCGAGGUACGGCGCGGGCUUCGAGAGGUCCGGGCGGAGUUUGGAGCCGAACCAGGCCGCCAAACCGACACAGCCUCAUCAGAGCCGGGUCCGAACCAUCGAGUCACUCGCUCUGGAGUCACCGCAGCUCCAAGGAGCAAGUGUUGUGAAAUCAGGUUUACCAAGAUCUCAGAGUGAAUCUGCAACAGGAUUUACUGGCGGCUCCAGGCGACACGGGCGGAGUCGGGACGAGCAGAGACGGCAUACCAUAUCCAACGGGGUGGAUUAUGGAAUGUUGAAGCAAAUGAAAGAGCUCGAGCAGGAGAAGGACUCCCUGCUGGCGGGCCUGGAGGUGGUGGAGCGGGCCCGAGACUGGUACCAGGGCCAAAUCCACAAUGUCACCGAGAGACAGCGGCAGGUCGGCCAGAGCUCGCACUGCACGGAUUUCUUGACAGAAGCCAAUCAGAGUCGCAUGAAUGUUCUCAUUCCCAAACUACAGGAAGUCAACCACUGCCUUAGUGACCUUAUUUCCUGCACUGGUAUGCAGUCAUUUCCUGCCAGCGGCAGCCAGACUGCAGCACUGUCUUCGAACUCGCAGCCUCCACCUCCAGCUCCUCCACAGGCCAUCCAGAGGCUGAAGGACCAGAACCGGCUCCUCACACAGGAGGUGACAGAGAAGAGCGAGCGCAUCGCCCAGCUGGAACAGGAGAAGUCUGCUUUGAUAAAGCAGCUUUUCGAGGCUCGAGCCCGCAGCGCACAGGACACCAGCACCAUGGACUCCACCUUCAUCUGAAAACACUCCACCCCUCGACAUAUCUGUUCUGGUCAGGAGCAAACUUUUUCUGAGACUGACUCUUUGUUUACCCAGCUGACCACUUGUGGCAGUGACGCACCUUCUAGCCAUGACACGCCAAAACCCUCGACUGCAACAUGUCACCACUACACCCCAAACUAAACCAUGCACUACCUAGACAUGAACACUCCCGAAUGACUUGACCCAAGAGUCUAAAGGCUCUUUUACUUGCUACCUUCCCUCUUCCUGCACCUAGCAAGGGUGCAAUGAAAAAAAGAAAGGGGCUCAUGAGCUCCCAUCACUCCAUUUUGUUUUUUUACACCAUCUGCAAGAUCUCCAAACUCACUCCUAAAGAAUUGUUGUUUUUCUCCUGCUGCUUCACUCCACAGGCAGCAUUAAGCGCUAAGCGGUCCAUAAAGGAAUUGGACAUUAGGGGGAAAUGGUUUCCGUUGGAAUACAAUGCCAUAUUCUUACAGUUUAAUAUGAAAACUAAUCACCUGCAUCUGUGUGCUGUGACCUAUCACUUACUUUUUUGUUUUAAAUAUUUUAAGUUUGGUACAUAAAUCACGGUCAUCAUGAGGUACACUUUACUUUAUGCUUGUCGUUCAGUAUUCCCUUCCUCUUAAUGUAAUGUUUACGUGUCGUUCGCUUUCUAGUUUUUGAUUUUUUUAAAAUCUCGAACACAAAGAACAGGUUUUUACUGUGUUUUAUAAUGUAGCAUGUUAAAUGUUAAGACCUUUUGAGAUGUUUUUUAGCUUGAAACAAGAGAUGGGAGGACAAAACCAACAAGAUGUUGCGGCGGAAACAGAUGAGAGACGUUUGCACGUAGAAAAGAGCCGAGGAGGAUAAACGCGGUAGACGGAGAAUGUGACGGAGAUGUGCGAGGCGUAGUUCUGAUGCCAUGUCAGAAACGAAACGAUCAAGAAAAAAAUAAUCGUUUGGUUGUCAAUGCUGCAGCCAAUGUCUUUACAGUGGAUUCUUUGCAUGGAUCAUGACAUAUUUAUCUUCUGAAGAGAUUUCUGUUUGAAACCUGGAGAUUAAAACGUAGCGUACGUGGAAAAUCCCAUGUUGUCUUUGUAAGUGUCCCCUUUUACUAGGUUCAGCCUGGAAGCCGUUGACUUUAGACUAAACUGAAAAACAAAAUAAUACAUUUAGCCAUCCACAAGUUUACAAGAGAAAUAUUUAGUUUGUGGGUGGUGGUAGAAAAAAAAAAUCUUUGUAGUUUUUUACUGGGUAUGUUCUGAUGGGAUGUCAGCACAUAACAUAGUUAUAUGCUGUUGAUGUUUGUUUUCCACUUGUUUGAUUGUACGUUUCUUGCUGCUCAAACUUCAUUAUGUGUGAUUGAAACUCUUACUAGAGUUCUCUGAUGAAAUGUAAAAAUAAAUACGACAAACGAA